AAAAUUUUUCACAAAAAUUUCGAUAUGACUUUUGCAAGCUACGAAUAAAUUGUUAAUUUUAAAUUGUUAUUGUAAAAUGACUUGAUUGGAACACAAAUUUGAAAGUAAAGCAACCAAAAUGCAUGCUAUGAAAGAUACAUUCGAUGAAAACCAAAAAAAGACUAACAAAAGGCCAAAAUCUUCCACACGUUUUCCCAAACAAAUGCCUUCGUAUAUCGUAGCUUUUGCUGUCCAUGAGACCUAUGAUGACAUUGCUACAGCCCAACAAAUGAUUUGUAACAAACGAAGCCUCCAAAGUAGUGCAGGUUCUGUUUCCCCGGCUUUGUCUUCAAAAACUAUAACCAUAGAUCAGAAUUCGACACAAAAGUUAGUUGACGCUGUCUAUUCAGAACACAAAAACGAAACUAAAAUCAUUAUCGAUGAAGAUACGAACGACAAAAAUGAAGAUGAUGUCCAAAAUGAACUCCCUGAAAUAAAAGACUAUUUGAUAGUUGAUAACGAAGAGGAGAAUGACAUCAAUAACAAAGAUAGUAUAGUGAACUUAGUUGAACCUAACAAUAAAAUUGAUUUGGUUAAACCUGUACACAAAACAGAUUCUAAUAAAUCCGAAAAUGAUGAUGAGUUUGAGGCAAUCAAAAAGCCAAAGACAUGCGUCAGCAAAUUAUCGAAAAGAAAGCGCCAGAAUCAAUACAGGAUUAGAAAUGUAGAUUUCAAGUAUAAGAAAUCUCUGAAGAGAGCUGAGAAAGUCUGUAAAAGAUCGGCUAAAAUUAAGGAAACUUUCUAUUCGAAUUCAGUAUCUAAAGUAGUUUCACGAGCUUCACUCUUGAAGAGUGUUCCUGCGAAGGUGAAUAUUAUUGACACUUCUGACUCUAUUCUCAUGUCUGAUGACGAAAACAAUAAUAACGGUUCUCUACAAUCAUCACCUUCCACCACAAAGAAAUCGUUCAUAAGUUACUCGAGCCAAGACACUUUGAGGCAACAAGGAAGCACGUCUUCUUCAAGAAACGAAGGUAUGGGUAGCAUCAAUACUGUGAACUCCGUGAUCAAAUUACCUUCUGAGAAUAAACUGCCUUACAAAACAGAAGUCAUCAAUGUUUCUGUAGCAGUUGCCUCUUACCCAACCAAGAGCAAAGAUCUAGUCAUAAAAACGUCUAGAACAGAACCGUAUCGCUCAAUGUAUAACGAAGAUUUGAUGAGCACGGAAACAUUGGUACAAGCGACACAUUUGCUGACAUCAGAAUCGGCUUCCAGUGAUACUUCAGAGAAUAUUUACUCAGACGGUAAUAAUCAAAACAGCGAUAGAACCUUAAAACCGAUAGCAACUAGUGAAAACACUUACGUGGUUGGUUCCUCUGAUGAUUCAAGUAUGCGCUCUGAAGAAACUUUAGCGCCGAAUUCGGAGACGUUCAUGUUUGCUGAAAGUUUAAGACCUAAUUUUCCACUCUUUGAAAAAUCUGAUAAAGAAAAAUUAAUCAACAGACCGGGUCUACUGGAUACUGUUAUCAAUAUGGGAAUUUUUCCCGAAAUCAAUGCAUCAACGAGCUCAGCUGUUAAUUUUACUAAUCACUUAAACAACGUAUUUGUAACUGGAGACACUGGGAAAUAUCUGAACCCUAAAUUCAAGGGAGAUCAACCUUUAGAAAACGUAAAAGAAACAUCGAAACAUGUUUUGAAGAAAUCUUUUGAUGCUGAUCCUGAAUUAAAUGCAAUAAAAAACCUGGAUCUACCUAAUGAGUCUGCUAUAAAAGCAAUCAUUAAUGACAAUGAUAAAGUAGACAAUAAGUACUGUUCCGGGGAAAUUGGAAAUUAUCCAUCAAACAUGUCAGAGCUUUGGGAUCGACUAGUCAUGGUUGUAGACUCUGCUGUUAAAAGACUGGAGAACUCACUGACCGAAAAAAUAAUAAAUGAAAUGCGAAAGUCUUUUACGACAUUCGAGCAUACAAAUCGAGUACCUAAAGAGGAAAUUCAUGUAAUCGAGGUUGAUAAAGAAAAAGGGGAUACGGUAUUGAACGUAGAAGUAUCUGGUAAAGAAGAAAAUAAAACUGAAAUGGACGAAAUCCUUCAAUGUGAUUUGGUUGGCAAUCAAGUCAUAGAUAAUAUCAUGAUGAAACUAAGCGUCGAAGGGCCGAAAACGACUAUUCCUGGGACUACAAGUAAGUCGUUUAUAAAAAUUAAAAGGCCUAAGAUUUUUAGAGACUAUUUCGAAGUUUUGAAACCCCCUGUCGUUGAGAGCGCUGUCGUAGAAGGAAUGAAAGGUGAUACGGUCACCGUUUCUACAACUACCCCCAGUGAGAUAGAAGAAGUGCAGUCUUUUAAUCGAGUGAAGUCGUUUCUUUCUGGUCCCCUGACGUUCGUUAGAGAGAACAUGUUGGUGAUAACCAGUGUGCCCGCGUUCUUUGUCGUUCUGUUAUGUUUUUAUGGUCUUAUUUUUUUGGUAAUGAAGCCUUGGUGA